UAUCACACUUGCCAAAAUCUGCAACUCCGCUCUCACCUUUCUGCUCAUCUUGAUCGAAGAAAUGGACACUCAAGUAAGAAACCACGAUUGUGCAACUUACCAGAACGAAGAGAAUAUCGAUAUAAAGAAAGGUCCAUGGACGGCGGAGGAGGACGUCAUACUUGCCGAGUACGUUGCCAUCCACGGUGAAGGACGUUGGAAUACUGCUGCUCGCUGCGCAGGAUUGAAACGGACUGGUAAGAGCUGUAGGUUGAGAUGGUUAAACUACUUGCGGCCAGAUAUUCGACGUGGGAACAUAACUCUCCAAGAACAGCUCCUGAUUCUCGAACUCCAUUCUCGCUGGGGCAACAGGUGGUCAAAAAUAGCCCAGCAAUUGCCUGGCAGAACAGACAAUGAGAUCAAGAACUAUUGGAGAACCAGAGUCCAAAAGCAGGCAAAGCAGCUCAAAUGCGAUGUUAAUAGCAAACAAUUCAGAGACUCAAUGCGCCAUAUUUGGAUACCUCGAUUAAUCGAGAGAAUUCAAGCUGCAUCUAGGUCUCCCACAGAUCAAUCCACCACAUACUCAAGCUACAAAGAUAACCACAAUGAUAUCCCUCCAAGUAGUGAAGCCGUGCAAAUGAACGACCCCAUGAUUGAGUGGAUGAUGCCAGAGCCAUCAAGGACCUCAUCGGAGUCUUUGGAAACCCAAGUUUCUUUGGUGUCAAGCGUGACAAAGUAUCAAAAUCAACCAAAUAAACAAAAUUUAUAUGGUUUAUACUCUGAAGAAGAAUCUAACAGGUGGGUGGAAAUGGAGACACUAGCUGAAGAAUCACUGGAUAGUUUAUGGAAUCAGGAGAAUAUUUGGUUUCUACAGCAGCAACUGAUUUGAUAUAUUGGGAUUAUAAUUUAUGAGUUAGCUUGCGUGACGCAUCAGGUGUUUGAACAUUCUGCGAUUUCGUGCUGGCUUCAAAAGUAGCAAAUUCCAGCCACUAACAUUACGCACAUUACCAUGUACAGAGAUGGACGUUUUACAUAUGAUUAUGUGAUCUUUAGUCUUUAAAGAUCCUUUAGAAGAAAAACAAUUUCUCAUCUAAUUUCAUCAAUGGUUUCUAUGUUCAAUCACAAUCAAAUUCCAAGUCUAU